GUAAAAGUUGAGUCAUGCGCUGGGUUCUCUACUCUACCGCCAUAUUUUCAUUACUGUUACAAGAAGUUACGCCUCAAGGACAGUAUGAUGUGGAAACUCGUUACAUCAACGUUCCAAUAACGCACUUUCAAUGGCAGUACCAGCAAAAUACUUUCAAACUAAGGUAUCUGAUCAACACCAGGUAUUAUGUAAGAGGAGGACCGAUGUUCGCUUAUCUCGGCAACAGCGGGGACAUUAACGUAUUCGCCCAAAACAGCGGCUACCUAUUCCAACUAGCCAAACAUUUCAGCGCACUUUUGGUCUUCAUCGAGCACAGAUAUUAUGGAAAAUCCACUCCGUUCACCAACCAGUCCCUAUUGGAAGAAAACUUAAAAUUCCUAACAACAAGGGAAGUACUGAGAGACUUCGUGGACGUGAUCGAAAUGUUAAAGAGUACCUACUUACAGGAUGUCCCUGUGACGGAGACGCCGCCCAUCAUCGUCUUCGGGGACAGUUUCGGCGGCUCCCUUGCCGCUUGGAUGCGAUUGAAGUACCCCCAUUUGGUGUUGGGGGCCAUCGUUUCUUCGGCUCCCGUGAAAUUAUCGCCGCUCGUCAAUAACUGCGAGUGCUUCUACGAUGUCGUCACCAAAAAUUUCGAAAAAUCCGGCGGCGAGCAGUGCGUGAAAUUCAUCAAGCUGAGUUGGGACGUGGUGAUCAAUAUAACCAAAAGCAAAUCGGGUAUGGACUUUCUCUCGUUGAAGUGGAAGCUCUGCCACCGGCUUAGAACCGCCGAAGACAUCGCUAAGCUGCUGGAUUGGCUGGCCAAAAUCUACGUCAGAUUAGCAUUGAACAACUACAAAUACCCCAGCGACUUCUUCGUAAAUCUGCCGUCUUAUCCGAUCAAAGUCUUCUGCCAGAAAUUGACGACAUCCAAAAUCGACGACCCGCAGGCGCUCGUGCAGCAUUUCUCGCGAGCUUUAGAAACCUACACUAAUUACACGGGAACCAAGCCGUGCAACGUACUCGACGACUUGACGGAUUACAUCUACAACUACCAGCAGUGCGCCGAGCUGGUGAUGCCCAAAUGCUCUGUCGAUUCGGACAUGUUCAUGAACAAGCCGUGGAGUUUCGCGAACUUCUCCCAAGAUUGUGAGAGAGUGUACGGCAUAAGCAACACCAAUAAUAAGUGGAUUUUAUCGGAGUACGGCAAUGUGUUCAACUACACAUCAAACAUCGUCUUCAGCCAGGCGAAAUUGGAUCCUUACAGAUGUUACGGCGUAAAUGGCGUCACGACGUCCGCCAUUUGGGCGUUUGAUAUCGUCGAUGGUAUACACCGCACUGAGUUCAAAGCACCGGAUAUGGUGGAUGAUAAUUAUAUCAUUACCGCUAGGAAUAAUUUGGUUAAAGCUAUAUAUCUUUGGUUGAAGUAGCGAUUUUUAAGAUAGAUUUCUGUACAGGUCAUGAUUUUUGUUGAAGCUUUUUCUUUUGGUUAUUACUCAAAAAAUAAAUUUAUCUUUUGUU